UUCCAGGAGAGAACACGUUGCCUCCGGAGAGACACGUUAACCCGAAACACCGGGCGUAUUUCCCGGGCUUUGUUUUGGGGUCGAACCGGGAGCGGAAGAAGGCUCCGUCAUGGCGGAUAAGAACACCAGGAUCGCCAUCGUUAACCACGACAAAUGCAAACCCAAGAAAUGCCGACAGGAGUGCAAGAAGAGCUGCCCGGUGGUCCGCAUGGGGAAGCUGUGCAUCGAGGUGACCCCUCAGAGUAAGAUCGCCUGGAUCUCAGAGUCUCUGUGCAUCGGCUGUGGCAUCUGCAUCAAGAAAUGUCCGUUCGGCGCGCUGUCCAUCGUCAACCUGCCCAGCAACCUGGAGAAGGAGACCACGCACCGCUACUGCGCCAACUCCUUCAAGCUGCACCGGCUGCCGAUCCCUCGGCCCGGAGAGGUUCUGGGGCUGGUCGGCACCAACGGGAUCGGCAAGUCCACGGCGCUGAAGAUCCUGGCCGGGAAACAGAAACCCAACCUGGGCCGCUUCGACAACCCUCCUGACUGGCAGGAGAUCCUGACGUACUUCCGAGGCUCCGAGCUGCAGAACUACUUCACCAAGAUCCUGGAGGACGACCUGCGAGCCAUCGUGAAGCCGCAGUACGUGGACCAGAUCCCCAAGACCGUCAAGGGGUCAGUGGGCUCCAUCCUGACCAGGAAGGACGACACGAACACACAGACCAUCGUGUGUGCCCAGCUAGAUCUGAGUCACCUGAGAGAGCGCAACGUGGAGGACCUGUCCGGAGGGGAGCUGCAGAGGUUCGCCUGCGCAGUCGUCUGCAUCCAGAGAGCAGACAUUUUCAUGUUUGACGAGCCGUCGAGUUACCUGGACGUGAAGCAGCGGCUGAAGGCCGCCAUGACCAUCCGCUCGCUCAUCACCCCGGACAGGUACAUCAUCGUGGUAGAACAUGACCUCAGCGUGCUCGACUACCUCUCUGACUUCAUCUGUUGUCUGUACGGCGUCCCGAGCGCCUACGGAGUCGUGACCAUGCCCUUCAGCGUCAGAGAGGGCAUCAACAUCUUCCUGGACGGCUACGUUCCCACGGAGAACCUCCGGUUCCGAGAGACGUCGCUGGUCUUCAAGGUGGCGGAGACGGCCAACGAGGAGGAGGUGAAGAGGCUGCGGCACUACCAGUAUCCGGCGAUGACGAAGACGAUGGGCGAGUUCAGUCUGGAGAUCAAAGCCGGAGAAUUCUCUGACUCUGAGAUCAUGGUGAUGCUGGGAGAGAACGGAACGGGAAAGACGACCUUCAUCCGGAUGCUGGCGGGAAGCCUGAAGCCGGACGGGGGAGGUGAGGUCCCCAUCCUGAGCGUGAGCUACAAGCCUCAGACCAUCAGCCCAAAGUUCAAGGGCAGUGUCAGAGCUCUGCUCCAUGAGAAGAUCAGAGACGCCUACACUCAUCCUCAGUUCAUCACCGACGUCAUGAAGCCCAUGCAGAUCGAGAGCAUCAUCGACCAGGACGUGCAGAACCUGUCGGGCGGCGAGCUGCAGCGCGUCGCCCUCACCUUGUGUCUGGGGAAGCCGGCCGACGUUUACCUGAUCGACGAGCCGUCCGCCUACCUGGACUCAGAGCAGAGGCUGAUGGCCGCCAGGGUCAUCAAGAGGUACAUCCUCCACGCCAAGAAGACGGCGUUCGUGGUGGAGCACGACUUCAUCAUGGCGACGUACCUCGCCGACCGCGUCAUCGUGUUCGACGGCGUUCCCUCCAAGAAGACCACGGCCAACACGCCUCAGGGUCUGCUGGCGGGGAUGAACAGGUUUCUGGCGUUGUUGGAGAUCACCUUCAGAAGAGACCCGAACAACUUCAGACCACGCAUCAACAAGUCUCACUCCAUCAAGGACACGGAGCAGAAGAAGAGCGGGAACUACUUCUUCCUGGACGACUAGGCCUCUUGCUGAGAGGCGUUCAGGGACAUCCGGGACAUCCGCGUUCAAUAAAAUAUAUCCAAACAUCA